UAGUAACGCUUGGGGGCGCGCAAAACAUUCAACAGAUGAGUCGGCUGUUCUCCGCAUCAUUUCGACAACGACGACGAUUAGCAUUAAAUAGUGUGUACGUGUACCCACUGUUUCAAUAAGAUAUUUCAGAUGAAGUUUGGUUGGUCAUGCCAGGUGGAGUCCUUCAGCGCUGAGCAGUUCAGGACUUCAUGCAUGGAUGCCUUUUCUUUCUUCUCAGCAUGUAGUGUGUGGUGUCAGGCUGUUCGCUGUUGAAAACCCCGGAGAAUCAGAUGCUGCACUUCAGGUUACACUGACUGAACUCAACUGCCCCAUGAUGUCACAGCAUCAUUAUAUUUCAUGGCAUAAACAAAGACCAAAUGACUUAUUAAUGUCAAAUUAAGCUCACAAUAGCAGUGAAUGGACUGUGGUUGUUCCAGAUUAAUAGUUUUAAUUUCUAAGGUAUUUAAAAAUUAAUUAAAAGAGAAAACACUUCUGUUUAUUAAGCCUAACAUAUGAAAUAAUUUAUUAAACCUUUAGAAAAACUUAUCUUUAUAACAAAACUAGGUUUUCAUAUGCACAUACUGUAUACAAAUACAAAUAUAAGUUCCUGAAAAGCCUGAUGAUAAGAAAAAUGUAUGUUGUCAAAUACUUUUAUAUAGAAACCGGUUAAUUUAAACCAGAGGUGCUCAACCCUGUUCCUGGAGAUCUACCUUCCUGCAGAGUUCAGCUCCAGCCCUAAUGAUGUUUGAUAUGGGUUGCAACUGAAAUAUGGGUUUGAUAUGGACUGCAACUGCAGGAAGGUAGAUCUCCAGGAAUAGGGUUGGUCACCACUGAUUUAAACUAAAGCAUUAUUACUAUUUUGAGUAUAUUUUUAAACAAAUAAAUACAAUGAUUUCUUUAAAACAUGUUAAAAAUAUUUGAGAUUAAGAGACCACUUUAAAACUUGUGUUUUAUAGUCGUUUGAAUACAAUGUUUUUUUUUUUUAAUAAAAUGUCUUUUUUCAUAAAAUAACAGAAUUUCAGACGUGUUUGUGAUCAUUUUUAGAUAACACAGCAUCGACUUCAGAAGAAUUAAGAAAUUAAAUUUAUUUUAAUUAAAUCAAUGUUAAGUAUAACUUUCAUAUAAUAUAAAAAUUUCACAGCAAAAAGACAUACACAACUAAAAGCUUUUACUUUAAUAAUAAAAGUUUUAAAAAGUAUACCAAUGGUUUAUAUGGUUAAACCAAAAUAAUUUUUAUUCAUUAAGUACAGAAAUUAACAGUUUUAUUGUUAUGUUCUGCAUGAGAACAUCAUAAUAUGAGAACAUCAAACUGUCAUGCUGUAUAUCUAAUUGUAUGCAUAUGUCAGUGUUAUUGCUCCUGUACCUGCAGUGUCUUCAAACAGCGUUCAUCGGUAAACGUGUUACACAGGAAUUUAAUUUAAAAAGACCUUGAAGAUCUGAUCAACCUGUACAAUGAUGAAUUCAAAGCCUAUAUGUGACAGUCAAAACACCCUUUCACUCAGCUCCAAAAAACAACUACUGGAACAGUUACGCCGUGAACAGCAAGAAGUGAAUGCCAUUACACAGCCACUGCUGGAGACUGAGGCUCGAUUCAUUAAGGAUCUGGAUCUGUACCUCACUCAUAAAGACACACUGAACCUGAGGAAGCGCAAACUCCUUCAUAAACGCUGGACUCAGAAUGUGUGGCUGCCUAUUCAGCAGAGCAUUCAGCAACAUUUUAUGGAGCAUGGAUAUAAUGAGAUGCAGAAAAUGAGGAGCAUGCAUGCACACUAUAUAGAUUACUGUAAUGCUAAGGGUUUUGUGUUUCUAGAGAGUUAUGAUCCUCUAGAGUACAAUCCAUUCCUCCACUAUUUCAGCACACCACAAUAUCACAAAAUUUCCACUCCAGCACUGGAGGAUCCUCUGUCACUUCAUUCCAGAACAAGGAUUAAAGAAAAGACGACAAUACUUCGCUGUCAAACAGGUCACAUAUAUCAGCGUCAGCAGGUAGAGGAGAUUCUCCAGAGUCCACCUGCUUCCCAGCAGAGCUUCAAACAGGCCAGAACCUCCAGAGAUUCAGGCUCACUGAGACUUUGGGAGGACUGCAGAUCAAGGACCAGAGGAACGACACAUGCGACUCAUGCAGAGAGACGAGGCUUUCACCGCCAGUGUUGUUCCUCUUAUGCCUGAUGACAACAUUCAAUAGGACCUUUUAACAUUAGUUUACUGCGAAUGGUGCUUAUGUCAUUAAAGUGCAAUAAUUAAUUAGGUUUACUGUAUGUAAUGUGUCUUUGAACAGUACCUAUUAUAUUCUGCAUUGUAAUCAAAUUAAAUAUUGUGAAUUAAAAUGCAAAUAAUGUGGAUGUAAAAAAGAAAAAUAAAACAGACAAAACUAAUAAUUAAAUAAGAAACCAGAUCUUUUAUGGUAAGACUUGUUAACA